AUGUCGAUGCUGUGGGGAGCUGGGUGCUGGCUGAGAUCACGGGGAGGGAGGGAGCGCGCUUGCCGCUCGGCUCAAGGGAAGCGCUGGAGGGGAUGCGCCACGGAGGAUGUACCUCGGGUGCGCUGCUGCAGAGCCGCGCUGUCUCCGGCGUGUAGGAGAGCAAGAGCCGGGCGUGCGUUCAGCCCCACAGCAGCUGCAGCCGAUGGGCGCCGGGAGCCCGCCCGAGAGAAGAUGGGCGCCGCGCACUCCCGCCCUGCCCGUGCCUGCCGGCGCAGGCGCGCUGCGCCGCCGGCGUGCGUGAUGACGUCACGGCGAAGGGCUAUACAAGCGCCGCGCGGCAGCUGCGGCCUUCUUUCCGAGGGAGCUCCGCGUGGCAGCCAUGCCGCCGGUGAGAGAGCGCUGGCCGGGGGGACGGCCGCGGGGCAAAAAGACAGAAAAUCUAAAAAGUCAACGUGGAAGUUUUGCCUGGACUUGACCCACCCGGUGGAAGAUGGAAUCUUUGACUCUGGAAAUUUCGAACAGUUCCUAAAGGAGAAGGUUAAGGUCAAUGGAAAAACUGGCAACUUGGGCAACACCGUUCACAUUGAACGUCUGAAGAACAAGAUCACAGUGACAUCUGAGAAGCAGUUUUCUAAAAGGUACCUAAAAUACCUCACCAAGAAGUACCUCAAGAAGAACAACCUGCGUGACUGGCUUCGUGUGGUCGCCUCUGACAAGGAGACGUACGAGCUGCGCUACUUCCAGAUCAGCCAGGACGAGGAAGGGUCAGAGUCUGAGGAGUGAUGGGAGCGUGGUUCUGUGCUCCAUGCAAUGGACAAAAGACUACAACACCUAUUUAUAAGAACACUUAACUUAUUGGUGAAUAAAGGUUCUGUACCCUGUCUGACAGAG